ACCAGCCCGGGACCUCGCGCGUGCCCAGUCAACGCAAGAGUUCCGGCCCUGAGAAUCCAGACUUGCAGGCCGACGAUUUCUUUGGUGGAUCAAAGACUGGCACACCUUCGACGACAAGUCUGUGCUACUUGCCACGGCGCUCCCCAGGACAAAAGCGACCCAGACAUCAAGCCAGGCAGAUUGCCACCACAUCGCGAUCGUCGUUUCCUGCGUAAUCUCGCGUUCGCUAAAGACUCCAAUUCCCAUACUGCCAUGUCGACAAAGCGGAAAGCACCGAGCAAGAUUGCUCAGCCGGUGGUGAAGCAGAGUGCCAAGAAGGCCACCAAGGCCAACAUCAAUGAGUCCGAGACCGCUGUCACAGCGCCAGGCAUCUCGACGGACGUUGCGACGGACAAGCAGGAUGCGAUUGAGAUCUCAAGUGACUCUGCCAGCAGCGAGUACGAGGGCUCCGAUGACGAAGGAGCUGAGAAGGAAGUAGGCGAUGCCUCGGAAGCACCCGCGACAAACGGUUCCGCCCAGACAGCCGCCGAAUCAUCAAAAGCUGGCGCCGACCAGGACACCGAGAUGGCUUCGGCCGACGAUGCCGAGUCAGACCAGGAGCCCGCCCAGCCCACCUUCGGCGAGCUCGCACGCGUCGAGGAGACGAUAGACGUCCCCUCCGCCCUGCUCCUCCCGCCCACAAACGCCCUCGCAAACACUGGCCGUGUCCUCGCACCGCCCAGCUCAGCAUCGCUCGGCACGGUCCUCACACAAGCCCUGCGAACCGACGACAAUGACCUGCUCGAGUCCUGUCUGCACACGACCGACCUCAACACAGUAGCGAACACGAUCCAAAGGCUGGACUCCUCGCUGGCCGGCACUCUUCUGACGAAGCUUGCCUCGAGGAUGCACAGGCGCCCAGGCCGAGCAGGCAGCCUCAUGACCUGGGUGCAGUGGACAUUGGUCGCCCACGGCGGCGCGCUCGCGACGCAGCCCGGUCUUGCCAAGAAGCUCGGAGAGCUCCACAGGGUUCUGGAGGAGCGAUCCAGAGGUCUGACCUCGCUGCUGUCGCUCAAGGGCAAGCUUGACCUGCUCGAGUCUCAGAUGCAGCUGCGCCGCGGCAUGCGCAAUGCUGCCGACUCUGACGAUUCUGACGAUGACGACGAUGAGCAAGGCGUCGUGUACGUCGAGGGCGAGGAGGAGGCCUCUGGCGCCGGAUUCGAUGUUGAGGAUGAUGACGACGGACUGCCCGUCACCAACGGCUUCGCGGACGAUGACUCGGAAGGCGACGAGGGCGCGAGCGACCUCGAGGAUGACGAGGAAGACGACGAGGAAGAGCUCGAGGGCGAGGAGGACCUUGACGAGAACGAGGUCGACCAUGAUGACAUAUCAUCAGAUGAGGAGGACAGUGAAGGGGAGGGUGAGCCUGCGCCGCCAGCGAAGCGCAGCAGAGUCGGCGCGGCGAGCAAGAGGAGAUGAUGCAUGCAUUGAGGAGCGGAAGUAAUCGAAGUUCAUUAUCCACGAUUGAAUAGAAUCGGCAUUUGCAAUGGAAGCGUUAUCCUAAUCUGUGCCCUCAAAGUUGGGCAAGCCACGAGGCUGUGAUUCAGGAGACCGUG